CUAGAAGGUGCUCGGCAAAGCACCCUAACCACCGCGCUACACGGCUUCACCCAUGCUCUCGCGUGGUCCUCCGGCAUGGAGUUCAGCAUGCUUCAGUCCACAUGUGGCUAAUUUUUUUUUCAGCCAUUUUAAAACGUUAAAGCCUUAGUUAUGUUUGUGUAUGUGCCCGGGGGUGCGUAUGCCGCAGCGCGCAUGUGCAGGACAUACAAGAGUUACUUCCCUCCCGCCCCGCCGUGUGGAGCCCAGAGAUCUAAUUCGGACAUCAGACUGGACGACAAGCAUCCUUACUCACCAAGUCACCGCGUCGCACCCUCAGCUGGCUGUCACUCGCAGAGCCAAGGUGGCUCCCGCCAAGAGGAUGAGCCGGUUCUUGAAGCACUUCACAGUGGUUGGGGACGACUACCACACGUGGAACGUCAACUACAAGAAGUGGGAGAAUGAAGAGGAGGAGGAGGAGCCGGCGCCCGCGUCGGCGGAGGGCGAGGGCAGCGCAGUGGGCGCAGAUGCUGAGGCUGGCUCUGUCUCCACGCCCAGGCCGUCCCUGGAUUUCAGGAGCAGGCUGAGGAAACUCUUCAGUUCCCACAGGUUUCAGGUUGUCAUCAUCUGCCUGGUGAUCCUGGACACCCUCCUGGUGCUGGCCGAGCUCUUUCUGGACUUCAAGAUCAAGCCGGAUGAGGAGGACUACGCAGUCAAGGCGUUCCACUACAUGAGCUUUGCCAUCCUGGUCUUCUUCAUGUUGGAGAUUUUCUUUAAAAUCUUCGUCUUCCGCUUGGAGUUCUUCCACCACAAGUUUGAGAUCCUGGAUACCAUUGUGGUGGUGGUGUCCUUCGUCAUUGACCUCAUCCUCCUGUUUAAGAACCACCACUUUGAAGCUCUGGGCCUGCUGAUCCUGCUUCGGCUCUGGAGGGUGGUCCGGAUCAUCAACGGCAUAAUUAUCUCUGUGAAGACACGCUCUGAAAGGCAGAUUCUAAGGUUAAAGCAGAUCAACAUCCAGCUGGCCACCAAGAUCCAGCAUCUGGAAUUCAGCUGCUCGGAGAAGGAACAAGAAAUCGAGCGACUCAACAAGCUGUUGAGACAGAAUGGACUUCUGGGGGACCUGAACUAGCCUUCCAGAUGCCCCACCUACAGUAGCUGGACUGUGGCCAGACAGCAAGUGUGUGGUGCGAACUCCAGUCCCCAUCUCUGCCUUGGCCUGCACCCCUGGAUGCCAGGGACACAUCUUCACUGGCACUACUGCCUCCUUGUCAUCCAUGCCCUAUGCCUGCAGCUAAGAAAUCAUCACAUCAACCUUCUCUCAUUUCUACUGCUCAAAAAUGAUCAGGAAGCAGGGCUCGUAAAACCAACUUGAUGCACAUCCUGAAAGGACCUAGAGCUGGUGCCCUGGGCCAGCCCAUUCCAGAAAACCUUUACUAGAAGGUCGGUCCCCAGCUGUUCCUGCUGCAUUCCCUGGGGGGCCAUCAUGGUACCCAGCCCCUCCUCUGCCAUAUCCAGCUGAGCCAGCAGCUUCAAACCGGCUCUGCACCCACCAGCAUCUUUUUCAAUUACUGUACAAUUAAUGUAUAAAAUAAGCGCUCUCCUUCCCCGGGGCUCGCCCACCACAGUCUCUCCUUGGUGUCAGCCCACACCAGCCCACCAGUUAUACAGCUAGCGCCUGGCAGGGCCCCAAGACUGCCCUGUAAUUAGCA